ACCACUCAGUACACAUGCAUGUUGCUUAGAUAUUUGUUAGAGCCUAGAGCUGGCAAAGAGAAGGUGGUAAUGAAGCUCAAGAAGCUGGAGUCCAGUGUGAGCACUGGCCGUAAAUCUUGAAGAGCUGGUAUGGCAGUCAACAAGAGUCCGACCAUGCUGGAUGAAGACCUCCCCGAAAAGGAGAAUGUGAUACAGAGGGUCCUGCAGCUGCCGGUGGUGAGUGGUACCUGUGAGUGUUUCCAGAAGACCUAUGCCAGCACCAAGGAAUCCCACCCUUUGGUGGCCUCUGUAUGCAAUGCCUACGAGAAGGGCGUGCAGGGCGCCAGCAACUUGGCUGCCUGGAGCAUGGAGCCUGUGGUCCGCAGGCUGUCCACCCAGUUCAUAGCUGCCAACGACCUGGCCUGCCGAGGCCUGGACCACCUGGAGGAAAAGAUCCCAGCGCUCCAGUACCCUCCUGAAAAGAUCGCCUCCGAGCUGAAGGACACCAUCUCCACCCGCCUUCGCAGUGCCAGGAACAGUAUCAGCGUGCCCAUCACAAGCACUUCAGACAAGGUCCUGGGGGCCGCUCUGGCCGGCUGUGAGCUUGCCUUGGGAGUGGCCAAAGACACGGCCGAAUUUGCCGCCAACACUCGAGCUGGUCGGCUGGCCUCUGGAGGGGCUGACCUGGCCCUGGGCGGCAUUGAAAAGAUGGUGGAGUUCCUCCUUCCUCCAGCCAAGGAAGAGUCAGCCUCUGAUCCUGGAUGCCAGUGGACCCAAAAGAAGCUUCCCAAGGGCAAGCCGAGCCUCCUGAGCAGGGUUGGGGCACUGGCCAACACCUUGUCUCAUCACACCUUCCAGACCACAGCCUGGGCACUGAAGCAGGGCACUGACAUGGCCCUGUGGAUCCCAGGUGUGGCACCCCUGAGCAACCUGGCCCAGUGGGGUGCAUCAGCAGCCAUGCAGGCAGUGUCCCGGCAGCAGAGUGGGGUGCCCUGGUUACACAACAUCGCCAUCACCCAGGAGGAGGACCACAAUGACCAGAAUGACACAGAGGGGGAGGAGACGGAGGAGGAGGAGGAGGAAGAGGAAGAGAAGGAGACCGAAGAGAAGCUCAGUGAGGUGGCAGCCCUGCCCAGCCCAAAAGGCCUCCUGGGCAGUGUGGCACACACUAUGCAGAUGGCCCUCCAGAGCUCCAUCUCGGCUGUGACAUGGGCACCUGCCACUGUGCUGGGCAUGGCGGGGAGACUGCUGCACCUCAUGCCCACCCGUGCUGUCUCCUCGGCCAAGGGGAGGGCCAUGUCCCUGUCGGACGCCCUGAAGGGUGUUACUGACAACGUGGUGGACACGGUGGUGCACUACGUGCCGCUCCCUAGGCUGUCGCUGAUGGAACCCGAAAGCGAAUUCCGUGACAUCGACAACCCACCAGCCGAGGCCGAGCGCCGAGGCUCUGGGGCCCGGGCCACUGGCCCAGAGUGCUUGCCACGCCCAGCUCUGUAUCGCAGCAGCCUGCGCAACGCGCGUGGCUCCGGCCCGAGUCAGGACGACAAGCUCGUGACGCCCGCCGCACCGAGCCCGGGCUUUCCGGCCGUGCCUCGCGAGAAGCCCACUCGCAGGGUCAGCGACAGCUUCUUCCGGCCCAGCGUCAUGGAGCCCAUCCUGGGCCGCGCUCAAUAUGGCCAGCUGCGCAAGAAGAGCUGAACCUGCAGCGCCAGCCCCCGCGCCUCCUCAGCGGGAGACCCAGCGUGACCACCACCCAGUUCGCCAGAACCAUUUUCCCUAACAAAUAAAUAGAACCUACGCGUCCAAGUGAGCUUUGGCUUGUUCAAAGUAGGCCCCUCGGAACUCCGAGCCGCAUUCCAUCGAUGCUGCCGUACACACACCAGUCUGUCUGAGCAUCCUUUUUGGGCUUAGCUCCAGGCCCACUUUUAAGGGGCACCAGAGCAGCCGUCUCCUGAUUCUAGGGCUUGUUUUUUUGCUAAAAGGAUAAUUAUCUAACUUGAUCUCUCACUUUAACCAAACUUGUGAUCAAAUGACAUUUGUUUCCAAAAUUCGGAUCCAUCCUCUGCAGACAAAUAUUUGCUACCAAUAAGCAUGAGGGUCCAGGCAGGAGUUCUUGACACAUUUUUAGCACCCAGUCUCAGAGGAUGAGUAUUUAGGCUGUCAGCAGACUACUUUGAAGGAAACACCAGUCAGGUGCAAGAGCUCUUGUGUGUUUAUUUAAAAUAUUAGUGUCUGAAUGUCCUUCACAGGCAGAGUCCCAGGCCUGUCCUCUGCAGAGCCACCUCCUUGCUUGCAGCCACGUUUCCCUUUGCAGCCUUCCUGCCUUCCACCUGCAUCUUCACCCUCCUAUCUACCUCUUGAAUGCUGGCACCCCCAGAUGCUACGGGGUGACAGUGGUGUCCUCUCACUCUGUAGUCUAUACUACGUAGGCUAUUUAUAUUGUAGCCACAGUUCAUUCCAAAUCUGUUUUUUAAAAAAAUGUUGUUAUUAGUUGUCCCAAGUCAGUCCCCAACUCAUAACAAUCCCAUGCACAAUGAGAUUGGACCGUUACGAUCCAUAGGGUUUUCAUUGGCCGAUUUUCAGAACUGAAUCACCAGCCUUUUCUUUCUAGUCUUUCUUAGUGUGGAAGGUCCACUGAAACCUCUUCAGCAUCAUAGCAACAUGCAAGCCUCCCCUGACAGACAGGUGGUAGCUGCGCGUGAGGCGUAUCGGCUGGCAGUCAAAACCAGGUCUCCCUGUGAGGGUGGGAAUGCUGCCACUGAACCGACACUGACCCCCACCCCAAAUGUUAAACCUAGGAAAUGCAUAGAUAUAGUUUAAAACCUCAAACGUUGCAAAAAAAGAAAAAAAAUUCAAGGCUUGCAAAAGGGUGUGUCCCUCCCUGAGUUUCCCAGCUCCCCACCUCUCUAACACACACAAAGCAAACGCAGAAUCAAUUUGCCAUGUAUCCUUCCAGAUAUAGGAUAUGAGUCUACAAGCACAUGCGUUUUUAUUUACACAAGCUGUAGAAUGUUAUAUUCACCUGCUUUUUUGACUUUAAUACCUCUUAGAGACCUUUUUCUAUCAGUUCAGCUAAAUCCUCCUUGCUCUUUUUAAUGGCCACGUAGGAAGUAUUUCAUAAUAUGAAUAAUGCACUUAACCGAUUUAGCCGAUUCCAACUGCUCUCCUGUAGGGUCGCUAUGAGUCGGAAUCGACUCGAUGGCACUAAGUUUUUGUUUUUUUUCUGAUGAUGGGCUUUCAGGUUGUUUCCAAUUUUUUGCUACUGCAAACAGUGUUAUAAUAAAUGUCCUUAUAAAAAAUGGCUUUAUAUACGUGUGUCAGAUAAAUUUGUAACCUGUAACCAGGACAUGCUGUGUGAAAGACUAUGUGCAUUUUAAAUACUGAUAGAUAAUGCUAAGCAGCCUGCUAAAGCAAAUUCUAGUUGUAUUGUUAUUUUUAUCUGCAGCUGUCGAACUGUGCACCAAUAAUUAUAACACCACUUUAAGUCCUUUUGUUGUUGUUAGUUGUCAUGGAUUCUGACUCAUGGCGACCCCAUGUGUUACACAGUAGAACUGCUCCAUAGGGUUUUCUUGGCGGUAAUCUUUCUUUUUUUCUUUAACUUUUAGAUCAGAUUUUUAUUAUAACCAUCUGCUUCUGCUUUAAAUGACAAAAAAAAAAAAAACUUAGUUCCUGGUCCUGAGGUGAGUCUGUUGGCAAAAUCAAUUCCUGACAAGAGCCUAAUACGUAGUAACCAAAAACCAAACCCGUGGUCGGCCCCCAAAUAUGCUUGUUGAAUGAGUGAGUGAAUAAAUGUGAGUCCAUGUUGCAAUCAACUUAAAAAAAAAAAAAGUUCUAGAGACUUCUUGAUAAUAACACAUCUUUAGAUAAAUCAGAGACUUCAGUGGAAAUUUUUGCAUGUGGAAAACAAGCAGAUUUAUGCAUCCUACCAUGUAUGAGCACAUUGGUUAAUAGACCAAAUCGAUCCAAAUGUACAAUUAGAUUUAAGACUACAUGGUCUAACGUAAAAUGUUUUUUGCUUUUAACUGCCGUGUGUUCACUAGGACCCUAGAGUUGACUCAAGUUGUAUCUACCCAAUGCCAACUAUCAGGACAUCUUUAAAUAUUUCUUUUUUUUCCCUAAAUUUUAUUUGUUUUGUUGUUGUUGAGAAUAUACGCAGCAAAACAUACACCACCAAUUCAACCGUUUCUAUAUGUAUAAUUUAGUGACACUGAUUACAUUCUUCCAGUUGUGUAACUGUUCUCACCCUCUUUUCUGUGUUGUUCUUCCCUUAUUGACAUAAACGCACUGCUCCCUAAGGUUCCUAUCUAAUCUUGAGAGUUACUGUUGUCAAUCUGAUCCUACGUAGAUAGUUCUUCAAAGAGCAUAAUGCUCAAGGCAGAACUUUUUUACUAGUUAAGCUGAACGAUUGGUUUAAGGUGACUUCAGGGGAUUUAAAAAAAAUUUCUCAUUAAAAAAUUUAUACACAUACUGUUUUGUGACAUUGGUUGCAAUCCCCACAAUGUGACAACACGCUCCCCCUUUCCACCCUGGGUUCCCUAUGUCCAUUCCUCCAGUUCCUGUCCCUUCCUGCCUUCUCGUCCAGCUUUUGGACAGGAGCUGCCCAUUUGGUCUCGUGUAUCUGAUUGAACAAAGAAGCAUGUUCCCCACAGGUAUUGUUUUUUUUUGUUUUAUAGGCCUGUCUAACCUUUGUCUGAAGAGUGGGCUUCGUGAAUGGUUUCAGUUCUGGGUUAACAGAGCAUCUGGGGGCCAUAGUUUUGGGGGUUCCUCCAGUCUCUGUCAGACCAUUAAGUCUGGUCUUUUUAUGUGAAUUUGAUUCUGUUCUACAUUUUUUUCCUGCUCUGUCU